GAGAUAUACUACUGGACCAAUGACGGGCUAGAUGACGCUCUCACCAACUAUUGCACCAAGGACAAUGAUGGAAUGGUGCCCACCAUGGGAGAAGACAGGUCCACAGCUUGGGUCAGCGUGGCAGCCAUGAGGCCCUCAACCAGCGUAGUACCAGAUCGCAAUCUCACCACAGUAGACUUCGCACAAGCAGUCCCACACAUGAUCAACUCUCUUGAAGAGAAGGGUUGGCCCAAGCAAAGAGUCCUAAUGCUAGCCUGCUUCUGGGGAGCAAUCAUGAUCCAUAGGCACUGGAACUCGAGGGACAAGUCAGCACACAAAGGUCUGAUGUUAUUCCAGGAAGAACAAUGUCGGGCUUGGCAC